CACCACGCAUGCGCAGUACGUGAGGCAGGCUGCAGGUAACGAUGGCGGAUAUUUCUCUUGACGAACUGAUACGCCGACGAGGUUUAAACACGAAAGGACCCAUAAAGAGUUCUCAAAACACUUCUCACAGGCCUGCCUUUGGUAGAGGGAUGGGGACAGUGGGAAGAACAUUUGAUGCACGACAGAAGAUUGGGGCUGGAGAUGUCCGACAGAGGCUUGGUAGUAGUGGGCAAACUGGGCCAGGAUCAGGGUUCCAGGUGAAAGAUGCCAGAGAGAAGCUUGGCCAGAAGGAUGCCAGAUUCUGGAUAAGAGGACGAGGUGGUGCAACUGGGGGUGUGCAGGACGCCCGACAGAUGAUCAACUCCCGAAAACAACAAGGACAAAACCCAGUGGGCAACCCCCUUCAAUCCCACAAGCCCUUGGGAAUAGGGCUGCAAGCCACUUUCCAGAUCCAUAAUAAUAAUGGUACAACCAAUACCAGUGCCAGACAGUUCCCACCCACCCCCCAAGGACUCAAUGUCAGAGCAGGGCUCUUACCACAGCCCGGUGGAGGGUUAAAGAAAGUAGUUGAUGCUCGCGAUAGGCUAAGCCUGAAGAGGAGCAUCACAGGAGCAGCACCCACUACGAGCGCACAGGCGCCUUUGAAGAUUACAAAAACUAUUCAGCAAAGGCCAGUGGCAAUGGCAAGUGACAUCCGGUUUAAUGUUUCCGGAAGGGGACCCCAGUCUCUCAUGAACGACGAUGAUGUUAUCCCUACCAAACAGAUGAAGAUAACCACUGCCAACAACUUGGCACAGACACGGCCUGGUGCCAUGGGAUCAUCUUUCUCCAUGUCGGCCCCUAUAACCAAAGUGGUGAAGAACGAUGCUUAUACCGCUCCACCUCCACCCACACCCACACCACCCACUGCCCCUGUACGUGCCACGGCUGCUGCCGCCUCUGCAGUCACUGGGCACGGGCAACAAGCAGCAGACACCAGCACCCGGUCUGCUCCUCCUCAGCCUGCCUUCAGUCCUUUGGAAGGCACCAAGAUCACAGUGAACAACCUUCAUCCCCGGGUCACUGAGGAAGAUAUAGUGGAACUGUUCUGUGUUUGCGGUGCUUUGAAACGCGCACGGUUAGUGAAGCAAGGAGUGGCCGAGGUUGUGUUUGUCAAGAAAGAGGACGCUAUAAGUGCUUACCGGAAGUACAACAAUCGCUGCCUGGACGGCCAGCCAAUGAAGUGUAAUCUACACAUGCAGGGGAAUGUCAUCACCUCUGAUCAACCCAUUCUUCUGAGGCUAAGUGAUACCCCAGGUGCAGGAAGUGGUGGGAGGAAAGAUGGGCUUCCUGCUUCCCUCAGCCGUCCAGGUGGUCGCCCUGCUUCCUCCCAGCCCACGCCAGAAGUGGACCCCCAGACCAUCCUCAAGGCUCUGUUCAAGUCCUCCGGCCAAACACCUACAACUACAGAGCCCCCGAGUUCCCAGGCCACGGCCUUCCGCAUCAAGAUUUAACAACGAUCACAUACAGACACCUGUUUUCAUAUUUGACGCAUUCAAACACAACACACAUGCACACAGGAUGUACAUCAUGCCGUACAUAUUUAUUUGUACUACAGUAACACAACUCGCACACAAAAAAAAUAGGUUUCUAAGUGUUAUUUUAGAAAACAUUAAUUUGGAUCCUCCAUGUCAAUUCAGUCAUCCAGUAAGACCAGUAACUCCAGCAGUGAUGUCCACGGCCGUAGCGUUGAUUGUUACCUAGCGUAUGUAUUCAGUGUCCAACUGGAGAAAGACCUGACAUAUGAUUUGUUUUAAGCUAUUUUGUUUACUUUCAGUUUGAAUUACAGAUUUAAAAAUGAAGCAAAAUGUGUUUCAGAAA